AGGACAACUGCUCAGUCCCUUUUUGAUAAAGUGACCAUUAUGGAGAGAGCACUGCUUAGAGGUGUGGAAGGUGUGAAGAAGACCAUCCUACAUGGGGGAACAGGAGAUCUUCCCAAGUUUGUCACAGGCACAAAGGUGACCUUCCAUUUCCGGACCCUCCUGUGUGACACAGAGCAGACGGUGGUGGAUGACAGCAGGAAAGUUGGUGUACCCAUGGAACUGCUCAUUGGGAACAUGUUCAAGCUGGAGAUUUGGGAGAUUCUAUUGACCUCCAUGAGAAUUGGAGAGGUUGCCCAAUUUUGGUGUGACAUAACACACACUGGAUUGUACCCCAUUGUGGCCAAGAGUCUUCGACGUAUUGCUGAUGGGAAGGACCCUGUUGACUGGCACGUUCACACCUGUGGUAUCGCCAACAUGUUUGCCUAUCACAGCUUGGGGUAUCCUGAUUUAGAUGAGCUACAGAAGGAGCCUCAGCCACUUAUUUUCGUCCUUGAGUUGCUCAAGGUUGACCAGCCCAGUGAGUACACACGGGAGUCUUGGGCUCUGAGUGAUGAGGAGAGGAUGAAAGCUGUGCCCAUUCUUCACGGUCAGGGAAAUAAACUCUUCAAACUAGGCCGGUAUGAGGAGGCCACCAAUAAAUACAGAGAAGCCAUUAUCUGCCUGAAGAACGUGCAGACCAAGGAGAAAGCCUGGGAGGCCCCCUGGCUGAAACUGGAGAAGAUGUUCCACACACUGACUCUGAACUACUGCCAGUGUCUUUUGAGGUUGGGCCAAUAUUACGAGGUCUUGGAGCACACCACUGACAUUAUCACCCACCACCCUGGUGUCCUUAAAGCCUACUACCUGCGAGCCAAGGCGCAUAUGGAGGUGUGGAAUGAAGCCGAAGCUAAGCAAGAUUUCCAGAAAGUUCUUGAGCUGGACCCCACCAUGGCUAAAACUGUCAGGAAUGACCUGCAGCUGCUUUGCAUGAGAAUGGAAGAGAAGAGGGAGGAAGAAAGAUUGAAAUUCAAGGGGAUGUUUUGAUCUAAUCAUGGAAAAGUGUAGCCUAUGGUGGUCUGUCACAGGCCUUCACUUCCAGAUCUGCACAUUGAAUGUGCUGGGAGUCCUUUGGAUCUGGACUGUGACCGAUAAUAAACGCUGUCACAUCCUUACUACACAAAGUGUAGCUUAGCACUUAAGGCUUUUAUGAUGACCUGGGAGUCCCAAAGCAUGAAAGUCCCAAACUGUAUUUCCAAAAAUGCCCACUAAGGGGGAGAUCCUGUCAAACACCCCAGCUAGACGCAAAACGGGCCUAUUACUGUAGAAUCUUUAUGAAAUAAAAAAGUUUAUUCUUAGUGAAAAAAUCUAACAUAACAAGAAGCUUCAUUGAGUGCAAAGUCAUAAAGGAGUUGCCUAAACAGUGAGGCAGUUCAAAGAGAACAAAGUCCCAAACAAACUAUCCAAUCGUGAAGUCAAAAAACAGAAAAUGAAGUAAAAGAAAUCCAAAUCAUGCUAAGCACAGAAAAUCACAGUAACUCACCAUCUCCGAUCACAACUGGAAGGGACCGCCAUGAACUGUGGGAGACCCUUCAGAUUUAUAGGGCAGAGGACAACUCCUAGCAGUGAUUGGCAGGUAGCUCCUCCCCUUGGGGAACCGCCCACAAAACACGUGGAAUAUAGCACAGGCAUAAAGAGCAAAGCACAUAAUGAAUGUAAGUAACAUUAAAAAAAUAACCCAAAAGUGAACACAAAAUGCAUAAAACAAGGAUAUGAGCUCCAGCAGGGGAGGAGCCCUGGCCUAAAUACAGUAACAAGUUUGGAUUUUAAAUAUCAAGGCUGUC